AAAGGUCGCCUUUUGCUCGUCAAGAACGCAUACAGAUCAUGGCGCUGCUAGGCCUUCCGCUGAGCUCCUGCUACCACGCCACCAUCGCUGAAUCCGUCAGGUUAAGAAGUACAGCUCCUGCAGUAGCUAAGCAACAUCUACCUCGCCAAAGCAGGAAGAGGCCACCGCGUGCUGCUGUGGAUGGCACUGCUCUGGGGGAGAAGCUGGAGACGAUCCCCACCGCUGUUCCGGCCAAGGUUUCACUGGGAAGGAGCAGCUUCCCUCGGGGCUUCGUCUUCGGCGCUGCCUCUGCUGCCUACCAGGUGGAAGGAGCAUGGAACGAAGGAGGGAGAGGACCGAGCAUUUGGGACACCUUCACGCAUAACCAACCUGGGAAGAUCCAAGACGGGAGCAAUGGAGACAAGGCAACUGAUUCAUACAACAAGUACAAGGAAGAUGUGAAACUGACGAAAGAAAUGGGCUUGGACUCCUACAGGUUCUCCAUUUCCUGGUCAAGGAUAUUGCCAAAGGGCACAUUGUUAGGUGGUGUCAACCCGGAAGGAAUCAACUAUUACAAUAAUCUAAUCAAUGAGUUACUUAAAAAUGGCAUAAGACCCUUUGUCACUUUGUUUCACUGGGACGUGCCACAAGCAUUAGAGGAUGCAUACGGAGGUUUCCGGGAUCAUGAGAUUGUGAAUGAUUUCAAGGAUUUUGCAAGCAUAUGCUUUGAAGAAUUCGGAGACAGAGUCAAGCACUGGAUCACACUGAACGAGCCAUGGAGCUUUAGCAGCAUGGGGUAUACUUUUGGCCGUCAUGCACCUGGGAGAUGCUCCAGUUGGUUUGGGUGCACCGUAGGUGAUUCCUCCACAGAACCCUACACUGUCACUCACAAUCAAAUUCUGGCUCAUGCAGAAGUUGUCAAACUAUACAAGGAGAAGUUUCAGGCGACACAAAAGGGUGAAAUAGGCAUUACCUUGAACAGCAUGUGGUAUGAACCCUAUUCCAAGUCGCAUCAUGACAAGGAGGCAGCCAAUAGAGCCAUAGAAUUCAUGUUUGGAUGGUACAUGGAUCCGUUGGUUUAUGGUGACUACCCAUUCAUCAUGAGAGCAUUAGUCAGGGAGAGACUUCCACACUUCACACACACACAGUCCGAAAUGAUCAAAGGGUCUUAUGAUUUCAUUGGGAUCAAUUACUAUACUUCAAGAUAUGCACAACAUGAUCCGAUCGUUCAAGAUCACUCUCCUGGUAGUAGCUAUGAAGAUCAAUACGUCCGACAAUUUGAUUCAAAGAAUGGCAUCCCUAUCGGUCCACUGAAUGGUUCUUGGGUAAACGUUUAUCCUCCUGGAAUGAAGGAACUUCUACUGUACACAAAGAAGAGAUACAACAACCCAAAGAUCUACAUCACUGAGAAUGGAACUGCUGAAAUAGACAAGGAUUUGCCAUUGGAGCAAGCUCGUGAGGAUCCACAUCGACAAGACUACCUCUCGGUCCAUUUUGCUCAAGUACAGGAGGCCAUUCGAGAGGGAGUUCGGGUGAAGGGCCACUUCACAUGGUCUCUGACUGAUAACUUCGAGUGGGACAAAGGCUACACUGAGCGGUUCGGGCUGGCAUACAUCGACUACGACAAUGGCUUCGAUCGCCAUCUCAAAACAUCAACCAAAUGGUUCAGCAGGUUCCUGACAACAUGAACUGUUGGUUUGGUGGUGGUUCAUGAGUAGCUUAUGUUUUGCCAAGAAACUAUCUUGGUUUACCCGCAUGCUGGAUCAAAUAAAAAGUCUGUGUUAGUGAUA